AUGAGGAGGAAGCAGAAAGAGCACGUGAUUUCGCUUCCCAUUGAUGCAAAACUUCAUGUGCACAUUACACUAGAUACAAAUAGAGUUUACCAUAACAUUCCACGCUCUAUGCUUCCAGCAUUUUCAAGAGAAUCCGCUGGCACAGUUAUUAACGAUUCAAAUUUUGAUCCUGCCGUUUUACCAAAUCAGGUACGUAUUGUAAAUGGACACAGCAUUUCAAGACUUGUCGAUGUAGAGCACGUCCUUCAUGUAACAGUUGAUCAAGAAAAAGGAUUUGUCGGAUUACCUCCAGAACUGGAAAGAGCUGUUAAAGCUAGUGGAAUUAGUCAUCAAGAUAUUAUUAAAAACCCAGAGAACGCCGUUAAUGUCAUCAACUUUUUGAAUAAUGGUAAUGAAAAUCUACCUUUGCCAGUUGCCGAAAAUAUAUCACAAGAACUUCCACCAGCAGAAAGCGUUAUUAAGAUUGGAAAUCCAUUACCUCUUUUACAAGAUUUAACUAAAAUUGAUGAAGGUUCUACAUGUACCGUCUAUCACGCAGAAUUUCAAGGAAAAUUGAUUGCCGUCAAAGAAAUGCUAUUAACCGAUAAGACAGAAAAGGUUUUAAUUGAUGAAACGAGAUUAAUGUCAACUAUGCACGAUCCGCAUAUUAUUGAGUUCUACGAUGCAUACAGAGAUGGCGAUAAGCUAUGGAUCUUGAUGGAACUCAUGGAUGGCGGUUCUCUUACAAAUAUUGCAACAUUUUGCGAGUGUCAAGAACCGCACAUUGCAUUCUUCGCAAAAGAAAUUCUUUUAGCUCUUAAAUACUUACGUUCGCAAAAUAAAAUACACAGGGACAUUAAAACUGAUAAUGCAUUACUUACAUCAGACGGACAUGUCAAAAUUGCUGAUUUCGGCUAUACAGUUCAGUUAUCGGAGCAUAAUGACAAGCGCCGAUCAAUCGUUGGAACGCCUUAUUGGAUGGCUCCAGAAUUAAUUCAAGCAACUCCUUAUAAUUAUAGCGUAGAUAUAUGGUCAUUAGGAAUUCUGUGUAGAGAACUCGCAGAAGGUGAACCACCUUACGUUUCUGAACCUCCAAUGAAAGCUUUAUUUUUAAUUGUUUCCAAGGGAAUUCCUGAGAUAUCAAAUAAAAAGGAAAGAAGCCCUGAAUUCCUGGACUUCCUCAGUAAAUGUCUAGAAAGAGACCCAGAAAAACGUCCAACUGCUGCAGAAUUACUCGAACAUCCAUUUAUUAAGACUGCAUGCCCUAUUAAGUUUAUUUCUCCUCUUAUAAAUUUGGCAAAGCAACUUGCCAAUAAUGAGGAUUUCGAAAGUUUUUAA